GGCGCGGCGGCGACGCUGGGCCGUUUGGCGGCGGCGGGCAAGCGCCUCUGCUACGUGACCAACAACAGUAGCCGGACGCGUGUGGCCUACACCGAGAAGCUGCGGCGGCUGGGCUUUCCGCCCGCCGAGCCCCGCCACAUCUUCGGCUCGGCCUUCUGUGCCGCCCGCUACCUCCGCCAGGCCCUGCCGCCCGGCGCCGCCGCCUACGUGCUGGGCAGCCCCGCGCUCGCCGCCGAGCUGGAGGCCGUCGGUAUCCCGCACCUGGGGCCCGGCCCCGCCGCCCUGCCCGGCCCCGCGCCCGCCGACUGGGCCCAGGCGCCACUCGACCCCGCCGUGCGCGCCGUCCUGGUCGGUUUCGACGAGCACUUCAGCUACGCCAAGCUGUGCCAGGCCCUGCGCUACCUCCUGCGCGGCGGCUCCGACUGCCUCCUCGUCGGCACCAACCGCGACCACCGGCUCCCGCUCGAGGGCGGCACCGGCAUCCCCGGGACUGGCUGCCUGGUGAAAGCAGUGGAGACGGCAGCCCAACGCGAGGCGUUCAUUGUAGGAAAGCCCAACCGGUACAUGUUUGAUUGCGUGGUGAGCGAGUUCAACAUCGACCCUGCUCGUACCAUCAUGGUGGGAGAUCGGCUGGACACAGACAUCCUCAUGGGCAAUAGCUGCGGCCUCACCACCCUGCUGACGCUCACCGGGGUCACCACGCUGGAUGAAGUGAAAGGUCACCAGGAGAGCGACUGUCCUGCCAGGCAGAGCCUGGUUCCCGAUUACUAUGUCGAUAGCAUAGCUGACCUUCUCCCCGCUCUGGGGGAUUAAUAUAGCAAAAUGCUUGCAGCCUCUGCAGCGCUACCCCGAGGAGGGCCCCUGUUAAUCACCUUGUGACAGUAAUGUGCUCACUAGGAUACCACCCGGAGUUAGCAACCCUUAGCUUUUUAACCUUUCUGUCCUCCCGAUAUGAUUUUGUUUACAUCUUGGUCUUUAAAUGCACUUUGAAACAAAGAGGGCAUUAUGGUGUCACCCACGUCUUGUGGGCUUGGGGCUUUUUUUUAAAUUAUAAGCAACACAUCUAUCCAAAUGUUUGUGAUGCUCGAUGUCACGUUGUCCUCUGGACUGAGUUGAGGAAAGUAGAGCUGAUUGAUCUGAGGAAAAUAACCCCAUGUCUUGCGGUGUGUCCUCGCCUGGACGGGCUGUGGCUCAGUCUGGUUUAUUCAGGGAAAAGACUCUUGGAGUGUGAAGUAACUUAGCGGCUGUGUUUGGAAACGCUUGUGGUGGCUGGCGGAAUUACUGCUUGCCCUUAGGCUGAUUUUUUUUAUUAUUAUUUUUUUCUUUUCUGGAUGGGGUCCUGUUUAGCAGCGCAGCCCACUGCAAGCGUGACAUCAGGUGACAGAAGCUGAAAUCUGUCUCCUUUAUUUGACCAUUGCAAAUUGCACUUGUGAUGCAGAUUAGUGUGAUUCCACUCACAGAACACAAACGGUGUCUUCUGUGUACUGUAUUUGUCCAAGCGUUGGAUGUAUGUGUAAAGUACAUGUACAUACAAGAACUACCCCAAUCCUAAAUAUAUAUCAGAAUAUAUUUAAGAUAUAAAUUUAAGUAUAGUAUAUGAUAAUAUAUCUUGUGUCCCAGAAGGGAGGAUAGGAGGAAUGUACUGCUCACAGUAGGUUUAAUUCUCCUAGGCUUUUGCAUUUGGUGAUGCAGAAAGUCUGUGACCACAUAGGACGUCCUUCACUACUGCUGCUUCCCGGAAAUAACUGGAUUAGUACCCAGUUUGUUCUUGUACUUCCCUCAGCAUCAGAACAGCCGCUUGCCUUGGCUUUAGCUGCAGAGUCUGAAUUGGCGCUCAGUCCUGGGGGGAUGGAUGGAGCACACAGUACAGCUUUCCACUGAAACAAGCCUGUGAGCGUACUGGCUCUGUGUGACGGUGGCACGUGCUUCCUUUAAACACCUGAAGUUAAUAUCUUCCACGCGUGUCUGGCGCGGGGGCCUGGCACCAGUUGCCUGUCUGGAGAGGAGUGCUUGCUUGCUCAGGUGAUGAUUUCAUUUUGACCUUUAGGUGGGUUUGGGUGGUGCACGGCUCAGGCGACGGGGUAGGUUUUUGUGCUGGCUGAAUCGAAGGCCACAGUUGAAAGCUUUUGCGUUACAGAAUUAGGUGAGAAAUUAUAUAUGCAAAUAACAUGCUUUUAUUCAAUAGAUUCCACUAUCGGCAGAUAAAUUUAAGCACUGGCCUUCCUUCAUCUCCCACUGUUCAGCUGAACAGCUCUAGCAGUGUGUCGAUGCCAUUUCCUUCCACUCGGACACUCGAAACGAGUAGACUUGCCACCUUGUUUGUACAGCAAUAACCGUGCAGUUUGUAUUGUCUUUUGGAGUUACCAGAAUAUUAGUUGAUUUUGUAAAAGGGUGUUCCUUGGUAACCAGGGACACGGAUAAUCUCUUCCCUCUUCCUCUCUCCAGCUACAAGGCUUACACAGUCACGGAGAAAUGCUUAGAGGUAGAACUUUCACUUUAUCUGGGUAACGUGGAAAUGGACAUUAUGGGAUUGCUGCAGGUAGGGUCCGAAAAUGAUGUGUUCUUUGAUUCAGUUCCUGUAUCUGGUGCUUAUAAUUUCAGAAUAUGUCCAGUUAAGUAGUAGAUGCCAGGAGAGGCGUUCGGCCUCGUUCAAGCAGCGCGCUGUCCCUGACGAGCACUGGACAAGGGAACCAUUACCUCGAUUCACAAAUGCUGAAAUGUA